AUGGCUUCGGCGCCAUCACCUGCUACUACUAAGCCAUUUUCAGUUCUCUUUGUUUGUCUCGGAAAUAUCUGCAGAAGCCCCGCUGCUGAAGGCGUCUUCACCCACCUCGUAAAGCAAAGGAAUCUUCACUCCCAAUUCUUCAUUGAUUCCGCUGGAACCAUCAAUUAUCAUGAGGGAAAUCAAGCAGACCCAAGAAUGAUAGCAGCUGCGAAAAAGCGUGAUGUUGAGAUAACUUCGAUAUCGAGGCCGAUAAGGCCCUCCGAUUUCACAGAUUUUGAUCUCAUUCUUGCCAUGGACAGGCAGAAUAAAGAGAAUAUACUUGCGGCAUUUGAGAAGUGGAAGAAGAGAGAGACAUUACCUGCUGAUGCAGCUAAGAAGGUUCAGUUAAUGUGUUCCUACUGCAAGCGGCAUAAUGAAACUGAGGUGCCUGACCCGUAUUAUGGUGGCCAACAAGGUUUCGAGAAGGUUCUAGAUAUACUCGAAGAUGCUUGUGCAUCGCUCUUGGAAAGUAUUCUUGGCACAACAAGUCUUGGCUAA